AUGGACAAGGCGCUAGCGGGAGUCAAGAUUUUGGACAUGAGCCGAGUGCAGGCAGGUCCGUCGUGCGCUCAACUCCUCGCGUUUCUCGGGGCAGACGUUAUAAAGAUAGAGGACACUGUGGGAGGCGACAACACACGCUGGGAACAGGCUCAUAUAGACGGUGUUGACAGCGUGUAUUACACCAUCUUCAACAACAACAAGCGCGCGAUCACGCUUAACCUGAAGAAUGAGCGUGGCAAGCAGCUCUUCGAGAAGUUGGUGCUGUGGGCUGAUGUCGUGCUGGAGAACUUUUCGAAGGGCGUGAUGGAGCGGCUCGGCAUCGGAUACGCUCGGCUGAAUGAGAUCAACCCUCGGGUUAUCCACGCCAGCAUCAAGGGCUUCGGCGAGUACGGUCCGUGGAGCGACUACCGAAGCUUUGAGGUUUCGGCGCAGGCAACGGGCGGUGCAAUCGCUUCCAACGGUUAUCCAGACCUCCCGCCUAUACCAUCUCCCAUUGGCGCCGGCGACUCCGGCACUGGCUUGCACACUGCCAUCGGCAUCCUCGCCGCGCUAAGGCAGCGCGACAAUUCGGGUGAAGGGCAGCACAUGGAAGUCUCGAUGCAGGACGGCAUCGUCAACCUGAUGCGCUAUCGACUCAUUCGCAGCCUGUCAAUAGCCACACCAAAUGAGCGCCCCGGCGACCGCGGCGGCAGAGGCGUUCCAAUGAUAUUCCCCUGUUAUCCCGGAGGCUCGGACGACUAUGUGAUGAUUCAUAUUGCAGGCGCUCUCUGGGAGACAGUACUGGCGGUGAUCGGACGCGCUGACCUGAUUGGUGACGAGCGAUACUUCACGGAGAAAAUAGAGCAGGGCGUGGAGACGAGGUGCUGGAAAUCGUAA